CCUGAUGCUCUUUGGUGCACUGCCUAUUUCUGAUAACUUUCUUUUUUCUUUGGGUUAUAAAUGCAAAAAAAGCAAAAAAACAAGGAGAAGGAGAGAAAGGAGAGAAGUCCAAAAAUUCCCAAAGGAUUAAAAUUAAAAUAGCGGAAAGAACAGAAGAAACGCCCCUGAUUUCUCUCGUUUCUUUUAGUACCAUUUUAGGCUCAAAAAUCAAUUUUUUUUAUCACUUUUCUUUUCAUUAUCUCAUCUUUCUUUUCUUCAGCAUGUUAUUACUUUGAUCUGCCACUACUGCCUCAAAGUAUUUUUUGCAAAAGACUUAAUGUUCUUCACCAAAAGAUGUUGACUUCUUCGUCUUCUGUGAUUCGAAGCUAAGUGUUUAUAACAAGCACAUUAUAUGUGGUAAUAGUUUAUAGCAUUGUGCUUAUAUCUGAUAUUACUUUUUCACUGUUCAAUAAUUGUUUCUUUAUUCUAGUUUUAGCUUGUAGUUGUUUAUGGAUGAAUAUGCAUGAAAAUAUUGAUAAAUUUACGGUGGAAAACAUAACAUUCAUGUUGGGAAUAAAUAUCUUAGAUUGCAUUGUUUAUUGGAACACCAUGUUAUUGUUUACCAGUGUGUCAUUAGUUGAUACUUGGGAACUUGGGAUUGAGAGGACAUCUCUUUAAACAUUCUUUUCAAUUAAUUAGGUUCUGUUAAUCCUCGGUUUAGUUGCUACUGUGUACUUCCAACUUCUAAAGCAUUUAUUUUGUGGAUCGUCUCUAUUUAUGCUUGGAAUGUCAUGAACCAGAGAACUACUGUCAAGUGUAUGAUAUGCAGAAAGUCCGUUGGAGGAUAAAGAAAUAGUCAAUCAAUUGUGUUCCUUAUAAACAUGAACUUGUCAAUUGAUAUAUGUUCAUAACUCUAAGUGCGUUGGCAUGUUAUAAGUUAGAGGAAUUUGUACUCUAAUGUUGUUUUGAUGAACCAAUAUUCAGUAUUUAACUUAGGUUUUAUACGUCUAAUGCUAUGGUUAUUGCUUACCUCUAUGUAACGUAAAGUUCAUGCCUGCACCUCCUGUCAAAAAUAAAUAUCCGUUGUCAAUAAGGUAGUUGUUUUCUUUGGGUUCAAGAUGUUACUGGCUGGGGCUUUCGCUUUCUGACAUACAUCAGGCUCCAAAUGCAACUGUUCAAUCCUUUCUGACCUGGAAGGCUAAAAAAUUUCAGAAUUUUGUAGAAGAUGUCGUCCCUGAUGCAAGGUCAGGGGAGCACCAUUGAUUCCUUCCCUGAAAUUGUUAAUAUUGAUGAGGGAACAAGUCCCAAUAACACUAGUAUUGGUCAACCGAAUUCAUUGCAUGACAUGCUGAAUCCUGUGGAAACUCGGCUAUCCAAUUUUGCAGCACCUUCUGGUGGGACAAUGCACAGAAAUGCUAUUACCCUUGAUGUUCAGAGCAUUAGUGGCUGGAAUUCUGGUCAACCAAGCUCUAGACAGGGAGUGCAGAACCAGGUGACGCAGGAUGCUCUAAAUCACCGUCUUAAUGAUGAUGGUGAGGAUGCACGUAUACGGGCCACUCCGAGGUCAGAAGAACGGCGGAUUGAACCACUAAAUGUCUUUUUUACUGGGAGACUGAAUAAUGGAUGGAGUGGCAAUCUGGUUAGAAGUGGGCCCAUAUGUUUGCAGAGUUCCAGCUCUAAUCAUAUCCCAGAGAAUGUGAAUUUAAAUGAAGGAUUUAUUAGUGGAAAUGGUACCAGAGAGUCGGUUGUUGGAACUGGUGGAAGGCCUAAUCUCCACGAUUCAGGUGGAUUAGAAAGAGAACAGAUAUCUAAUGCAAGUGUUUCUUCUGAUAAUGUUGGCAGUUCAUCUGGAAGCUCUAAUCAUGUAGGAGAGGAAAACAAUGAUGGCUCAGGCUCCUCUUUGGGCAGUUAUGGUUUAUCCUGCAAGAGGAAGGCCCUUGAAGGUACUUCUGGACAGUCUUUUUCUGCCGGUGCUUCAGGCUGUUUUCAACAAGUAGAAAAUAUUGCGUGGCAUGCUAGUCCUACUCGUAAUGAAGCUUCCAGCAGCUUGAGUUUAUCUACACCCUCUUCGAAUUUCCUUAAUGUGACUCCACCUGAUCAGUCAAAUCCAAGAGUUGGGCUUGGUAUGAGAGGAGUAGUUAGUGAUGCAUUUCUUUCUUUAGGUGAAAGAAGAGCAAAUCCGGGAAAUGAACAAGAAUCUUUACCAUUUAGUUUAUUGUCAACCAGGGCUGCUGGCCAUUCUAGUUUCGUCUCUCCUAGUCACCCUCGAGUUGCACCAGUUGAUGAAUCUCUAAACAUGAGACCAACAACAACAAUAGCUGGAAAUUCUGGCUCAACCUCAACUCAACCUCAUAUGAGAACUGCUUCUAUUGUCCCAAGAAAUGUGCAUCCUAUCUCUAGGAACGGUACUUCCAGUUCAAGUGUUUGCAACCCAUCAAGUUCUAGUAGUUCUGGAGAGAUACGAGGAGAACCAAACAUCAGAAAUAUCUCAAGAAACAAUGUGGAGCAUCCCAUGUUUGUACCGGCUACUGAGAUGAGAAAUGUGGCACAAGAUCGGACAGGUUGGAGUUUGGCUUCUGGAAACCCUAGUACUUCUGGAUCCCUAAACCCUAGUUCAAACAUCCAUCCUUUGCCUGAUCCUGCCUGGAUCCCUCCUCACAACCCUCCAAUACAUAAUCAACAGAGACUAUCAGAAUUUGCAUCUUGGUCUUUAUUUCCUCCUAUUGGUUCUGGAUUUGGUGGUCAUAGUGGCCGUUUUCCACUACCAUCUUCAAGGCCUUCAGCUUCCUCACAGGAGACAGUGGGGCCAUCAGAAUCUAACAGCCAGGGGAAUAAUCAACCAUGCCCAAGGUUAGCAUUAAUAUUGGAGAGACAUGAUGAUGAUGUUCUUGGGAUGGCCCAUUCAUUACGAGCAUUGGCUGCUGAUAUUGAAGGGAGACACCGACUAAUUUCUGAGAUUCGCCAAGUCUUAAAUGCUGUCCACAGGGGGGAGAACUUACAAAUUGAGGAUUAUAUGCCGUUUGAUCCAUUCAUCUAUCAUGGUAUGGCUGCUAUGCAUGACAGACAUAGAGACAUGCGUCUUGAUGUUGAUAACAUGUCUUAUGAGGAACUGUUGGCAUUAGAAGAACGCAUAGGAGAUGUGAGCACUGGACUGAGCGAGGAAAUGAUUCUGAAGUUGAUGGAACAACGGAAGCAUUCAUCUACUUCAACAGAAUCCCAACAAGAUCUGGAACCGUGUUGUAUCUGUCAGGAAGAAUAUGCAAAUGGAGAUGACACUGGGAUACUAGAUUGUGGACAUGACUUCCACUCUAACUGCAUUAAACAAUGGUUAAUGCUAAAGAACUUGUGCCCUAUUUGUAAGACAACAGGCUUGCUUAAAUGAUAGCAAAAGCUGAUGUUAGAGCCGGGAAAUUUCGUUAUCUUUUGAUCGUCAUUAAGAUCCUAUAAUAAGGGUUUAGGUGCGCAUGAACCAUACAAAAUUUGAAGAUGCUGCUGCUAAUUUUAUGUACUGCAGGAUUAGUUGUUUGUCGAAUAACUUGGCAUAAAAGCAUCAAUGACAAUGAUAACAUAUUUGAAAUAACAUUUAUUACAUUAUCAUGCUUCAAGAAAA